AUGGCGAAAUUGGUGGACAAGGCCAAGGAGUUUGUGGCGGAGAAGAUGAAGCAGCCGGAGGCGACCAUCGAAGACGUGGAUCUGGUGGACGUCAGCAGUGAAGCCAUUACUUACAAAGCCAAGGUGUCCGUUAAAAACCCUUACUCCCUCCCCAUUCCUAUCCACGAGGUCUCUUACAACCUUAAGAGCAAAGGAAGGGUGAUUGCAUCAGGUACGGUGCCACACCCGGGGACACUAAAGGCGGAUGAUUCAACAUUGUUGACCGUAGAAAUGAAGGUGACGCACGAUGUUAUGGUCAGCUUAGCGGGAGACGUAGGUGCAGAUUGGGACAUUGAUUAUGAGCUGGAAAUGGGUCUCAAGGUUGAUCUUCCGCUCAUCAAAAACUUCACCAUUCCCAUCACCAGCAAAGGCGAAAUCAGGCUCCCUACCCUAUACGACCCCUCCUUUCCGAUGACCAGCGAGGGCGAGAUCAAGCUCCCUACCCUCUCCUCCUUCCCGGAAAAAUGAAGAGAGCAACACUCACAUAUUUCAGUCUAAUCAAGUCUUUUACGUUGUUACAUUUUCAAGUGUUGUUACUUAUUACUGGAAGAGUGUUGUGGAACGCUAGCUUUGUGUGCGGUUUUAAGCAUGUGUAGUUUUGAGUCCUUUUAUAAAAACGUGUGUGGUCGAACGCUACUUCA